UGCUUGUCUUCAAUAUUCUGAUCGAUCGACGUUCGAAUUUUGCUUGUACAAAUACCAAGGGAGUCUUUCAGCGGUACAAGAUGGUGAAGGUACUUAUCGUUGGUGCUACCGGAUUCCUGGGCAACCUGAUCGCCAAGGAGGCCGUCAAGUUGGGCCACCAGGUGACCGCCCUAGUCAGCGAGGAUAGCCUCGCCAAGAAGAAGGAGACCGUCGAGGGCCUGAAGGCGGCCGGCGUGCAGAUCAAGACCGGCAGCCUGGAGUCCGAUCACAAGGAUCUGGUGGCCCUGCUUAAGACCGUUGAAGUGGUGGUCUCUGCAGUGAAUGGCCCCGCUAUGACCGCCCAAACGAAGCUGGUGGCUGCAGCAAAGGAAGCCGGCACCAUCAAGCAAUUCAUGCCCUCCGAGUUCAGCGUCUUUGGCGCUGUCGGUGAGGCCAGUGCGCCGCUUUUGUUCGGCCCCAAGGCGGAGGUGAGAGCGGCCUUGGAGGCCUCGGGAGUUCUGUACACCUAUAUCGUGUCCUACGGAUUUGCCUCCUACUGGGCCAACGGCCUGGGGGAGCUGGGGCAGAAGAACAGGGUCCCCCCCUCGCCCUCCACCGCCAAUAAGGUCCCCUUCUACGGCACCGGCCGCACCAAACUGGUGAUGAACGUGGAGGGGGACAUCGCCGCGUACGCAGCGCGCGCAAUUGGCGACUCGCGCACGCUCAACCGGCAGAUGCACGUGCGGCCGCCGCUGAACGCGCUGAGUCAGCAUGACAUGGCGUACAUCUGGGAGGACAAGAUCUUCCGCCAGCUCUGCAUCGGCUCGCGCCUCGACCGCGCCUUCGUGUCCAACGCCGACCUCGAGCAGCGCAUCGCAUCUGCCGAGGACCCGAUCAAGAAGACUCUCCUGCAGCUGCAGAAGACGUUCACUGUGGACGGCGUGACAACCCCUCUGGGCCCCAAGGACGUUGAGGCCUCCCGCCUGUACCCAGACUACUUCUACAACCCCAUUGCCAAAUACAUGAACAACCUCAUUGACACCUUCCGCACCCAGCUGGCCGCCGAAGAGUGAGGCAGCUUCACCUGCAGCUUCCCCUACCGCUUCCCCUGAGCUUCCCCUCAGCUGCAAUGCCAGAGGAUGGCCUCUCUGCACCGGCUGUCUUCACAGGUGUUGAGCUGUGUGGAGGCACAACAUCUGCUGUCAAUCAGCUGCAAUGUCACAGCACGGCCUUUCUGCAACGGCUGUGUGCAGAUGUGUUGGGCUGACUGCCGUAGAGUGAGGCGCUACAUCUGCUGUCCCGUCGGCCGCAAUGUCAAAGGAGGGUGUGUCAGCACCGGCUGUCUGCAAAGGUGUUGGGCUGUGUGAAGGCAGCAGAUAAGAGGGACGGGCGCAUGGGGUUGGUGUGAAGUGUCAGGAACAUCUGUUGUCAGCUUCUGAAGAGUCGCUCGUGGUAUUGCAUGGGCUGUUCUGAGGGCUAGUGGGUGUCAAAAAUUCAGUUGGCAUGUCCAAGAACAUUGGUUGCGCAGCGUUGCAUGCGCAGAAAUGAUUAUUGUAUUGAGUAGAAGAGGGAAUGCUGUGCCUCUGGCCCUGCACUGGCAGAGUUCCGCACAUAUCUUGAGCUAAGGCCGUGCAAUCGAGCCAUGGAAAAUGUGAGUGCAGGGGCGGGGGUCAGUUUGGGGUUCAAGUCCCUGGUCAGAACUGAGGAUUUGGUGUUCUUUGUUUGCUUCGUAAAAGGGGUGCUCAGCUCAAAAGCUGCCCUGGAUCAGUAAGGAUGCAUUCUCUGCCUGUGGAACACAUAUUUGACAAUCACUCAGCCUGAGUGCUCAAUCAAUGGAUGAUGUUGUGCUGAGGCAGUGAUCUGUUAAGCAAUGUUGCCUGAUGUAAAUAGCAUUUCGCAUCCCA